AUGUUCUUCUCACAACCCGCCCACCUCGCCAAGGCGGAAGAGCUCAAGCAGGAGCCGCCCAAGGGUACUCCCUACUCGGUCGCAAUUCCUGGCACCGAGCAGCCUGGUCGCAGCCGCGUCUAUCGGGCAUGGAAUGCGCAAAAGGAGUUGUUGAAGACCCUGGAUCCUCAGGUCGUCACUGCCCAUGAUAUGUUCGAGUCGACUGCCAACCGCCAACCCAAGAACCACUGCCUCGGCUGGCGGGCAUACAACUCCGCUACCAAGUCCUUUGACCCAUACCAGUGGUUCACAUACGAACAGGUUCAGAAAAAGCGGGCGGAUUUCGGUGCCGGUCUAGUGGAGCUGCACCAGAAGCACAACUGCCACCGUCCCGGCCAGUACGGUAUUGGUCUUUGGUGUCAGAACCGCCCCGAAUGGCAAAUAACUGAUCUGGCGUGCAUGUCUCAGGGCUUGUUCUCUGUCUCAAUCUACGAUGUCUUGGCCGCGGACGCCACUGAAUACAUCAUCAACCACGCAGAGCUGAACUGUGUGGUGACCUCUCUCCCUCAUAUUCCUACUUUGUUGAAGCUCAAGGCAUCUCUGCCCAAUUUGAAGAUUAUUGUCAGCUUGGACCCGCUCGAUGCUGGAGAACAGGAUGGGCACUCCAAGCGCGCCCUGCUCGAGUCCAUGGCUGCUGGACAGGACGUCGCUAUCUAUAGCAUGGACCAGGAUAUUGUCACUAUCAACUAUACCUCCGGUACAACCGGCCCUCCCAAGGGUGUCGUUCUAACGCAUCGGUCUGCUGUAGCUGCAACUUCUGCCGGUCUCAUGACUGUCGCCCAGGCCCGUGGUGACACAAUGUGCUCUUAUCUCCCGUUGGCUCACAUCUAUGCUCGUCUCGCCGAGCACACUGCUUUCUGGGGUGGAGCCCGAAUCGGUUACUUCCACGGCAACAUCGUGGAGCUUGUCGAUGACCUGAAGCUCCUGAGGCCGACUGGCUUCAUGUCCGUCCCUCGCCUCUAUAGCCGCUUCGGUACUGCCGUGCGCGCUGCCACCGUUGAGGCGCCCGGCUUCAAGGGCGCUUUGUCCCGGCAUAUCAUUGCUGCGAAGACUGCCAACCUCAAGAAUCCAGACCCCUCCAAGGCUACCGUCCGCCAUGCCCUGUAUGACCGCAUCUGGGCUAAGAAGGUUGCUGCCGCUCUUGGCUUGGAUCGUGCCAAGUCCAUGGUUUCGGGCUCUGCUCCUCUAGACCCUACCCUGCACAACUUCCUCCGUAUUGCCACUGGUACCGAUGUCAUCCAGGGCUACGGUCUGACAGAGUCCUACGCUUGCGGUACCGCCCAGUCGGCCGAGGAUCUUUCUUCAGGCAACUGUGGUCGUCUUGCCCCCUGUACCGAAGCUUGCCUGGUCUCCCUACCCGACAUGGAGUACUCGGUUGACGACAAGCCCUACCCUCGUGGUGAGCUUCUCCUUCGCGGUAACAAUAUGUUUAAUGAGUACUUCAAGAACCCGGAGGAGACCUCCAAGGCCAUGACUGAGGAUGGCUGGUUCCGCACCGGUGAUGUCUGCCAGAUCGAUGAGAUGGGCCGCUUUAUCAUCAUCGAUCGCCGCAAGAACGUCCUCAAGCUCGCUCAGGGCGAGUACAUUUCCCUGAACGCCUGGAGGGUCUACGUUCACGGUGACAGCAUGCAGACUUUCCUGGUCGGCAUAUUCGGCGUUGCCCCAGACAUGUUCGCUCCCUUCGCCAGCAAGGUCCUUGGCCGUGAAAUCGCACAGACUGACGUCGACGCUAUCAAGGCCGCCUUGACCGACGAGAAGAUUCGCAAGGCCGUGCUUCGUGAUCUCGAGCGCGUGGCCAAGAAGCACAAGUUCCAGGGCUAUGAACGUGUGAAGAAUGUUUCUCUGAAACUGGAGCCUUUCACCGUCGAUAACAAUCUUUUGACCCCUACUCUUAAACUGAAGCGUCCUCCCACCGUCAAGGCCUACCGUGCGGUCCUGGACCAGCUGUAUGCCCAGGCUUUGGAUGAACAGUCGGCUCCUCGCGCCAAGCUGUAG